AUGGAAGCGCAACAGGUGUUACGAUAUCUGCUGCUGUGCAUCGCCAUCGGACUGGGAUUGGUCCUUCAUGCGAAGGCCGACUGUCCACUGACGCGGGCCAUGAUUGAGGGCACCAAUCGCAUAUUUGCCAAUCGCGAUCGUCGCGGAAACUACGCCCUGAAGCGGGUCCAGAGAGUGCAAACUGGCGAGGUGCUCCACAUGAUCUGCCAGCCGAACGACAUCGUCCAGACCACCUGCCAGCGGAACACCAACUUCACCCGACCACUGCCGAUGCGCUGCAAUAACCCGAUGGCCGCCACUGCGACAAUCGUCACCGAUACAUCCUGUCCGGCUACGAUGUACUCCAUUGGCUACACGAUCAACAACCGACGACUGGAACUGUAUCGCGCCUGCUACGAUCGGACCAAUGUAAAGGCCAUCUUCACGACACACACGGUGUACGGCAAAAGCUUCUACCCAACGCGUCCUUGUGCGGAUUUCAGUCGAGAUGGCGCUCUGAGUGAGGCGGAUGCAAGGACCUUCACCGUUCGCAGCAUCUACGAUGCCUUCAGGCGAAUCUUCGGCAACACCCAGAGAUACAUUCCCAACAAUCGGGAUGUGGUCAUCAAUCGCGGACACCUGACUCCCUCGGCGGACUUCCUCUUCGGCGACCAGAUGUGCGCCACCUUCAAGUACGUGAAUGUUGUGCCGCAGUUCAAGAGCAUCAACGACCGCAACUGGGAGACAAUCGAGCGCUGGGUGCGCAAUCGCAUCCGACGAGGUGGCUCGCUGAGGAUCAAGACGGGUGCUGUUGGCAAUGUCAUCCUGCCGACUCGUCAAAGCCCACCCGUUCCUCAUCGCGUAAUCUUGGGAACUGGCACCAAGAACCCCGUGCCCGAGUGGAUGUUCAAGACGGUGCGAACUUCAACCAAUCAGCCGCUGGCCGUCUUCCUUACGUACAACAACAUCUACGUCCCACGCCGUCCCACUGCCCCACAAUUCUGCACCAGCGUGCCCUGCCCCAUGGCGCUGGUGAACACCGCAGUCGCUGGCUUCACCUACUGCUGCAAUGCCACCAUUUUCAAUCUCUGAUAGGAACAUUCAACCUAUUUUGAAUGCAAGCAGUAACUUUGGUUACUCUUAACUAUCCCAAAU